UUGAUUAAAUUAAUCGUGUUUGGCUCGAUUAUUCGUCACUUUCAUGACGACUUGGAUGAAAAAUUUAAUAUUUGAAUGGAAUGCUAUCGAGUUUUCAUUUUAUAAAUUUAAAUAGAAAGAAAGCAGCUAACCAUGAUUAUCACAAUAAAAAAUCUUCAGCAGCAGACGUUUACUAUUGAUUUUGAUGCUGAAAAAACAGUGUUGGAAUUGAAAAUGAAAAUAUUCGAUGCUCGCGGUUCCGAGUAUAUUGUUGAAAAGCAAAAACUAAUUUAUGCAGGUGUUAUAUUGGUGGAUGAUCAUACUAUUAGCUCAUAUAAUGUUGACGAAAAGAAGUUUGUUGUGGUAAUGCUGACCCGAGAUACAGCAAGUUCAACAUGUCAAACGCGCAUUAAGGAAGCGGAUAAAAAUCAAACGUGCUUUCCAAAUACACAUACGUUACCUUUAGAAAGUUCAGAAAGUACAAAAACUUUUUGUGGUUCUACUAAUCCAUCUUUUACCACCGCUUCUUCUACUAAUGCAACGAUACAGAGUAACGAUUUAGUCGUUGAAUUGGAAAAUGCGUCGUUACAAUCACGCGCCGAAUCAAAUUUACUAAUGGGCGACGAUUACACCCAAACGGUUCGAUCAAUGGUUGAAAUGGGCUAUCCACGUGAGCAUGUAGAACGGGCAAUGUCAGCAAGUUUUAAUAAUCCAGAAAGAGCAGUGGAAUACUUAGUUAAUGGCAUACCUGAGGAAGAGGAAAACAUAUUUAAUGUUGAAGAAGAAUCUACGAAUCCCAGUUCAGCACAACCUGGUACGCAAAAUGUACCCGAAACUUAUAUCGGGCAGUCAGCUGGUUUCUCAUUAGAUCCCUUUGAAUUUAUGCGUAGCCAGCCACAAUUUCUUCAGUUGCGCUCAUUAAUAUAUGAAAAUCCGCAACUUUUACAUGAUGUUCUGCAGCAGAUUGGUCAAACAAACCCAGCUCUCUUGCAACUCAUUUCGGAGAAUCAGGAUGCUUUUUUAAAUAUGCUUAAUCAACCUAUUGAAAGUGAAUCAGGAACAGGAGACGCCGUUCCUCGCACUUCCUCUAACCGACGCCGUCGUGUAUUCUCAUCAGAAUUAGAGGGAGCCGUAGCGGCGCAACGCCUUGGAACAAAUGAAUUAAGAGAAAAUCAAACUGGAGGAAAUGAUGGCUUUGAACAACCUGGCGUCGCUACUAUCAGUUUAAAUUCACAAGAUCAAGAAGCAAUAGAAAGGCUAAAAGCGCUCGGAUUUCCAGAAGCACUUGUGUUGCAAGCUUACUUUGCCUGCGAAAAGAAUGAAGAGUUGGCAGCCAAUUUUCUCCUUUCCUCUAGUUUCGAUGAUUAAAAGUGUCAAAUGUAAAAAAUUUUAAUUAUGCAAUUCUAAAAAAACUGUUAUCAAAUAAAAAUAAACUAGGGUAGGAUCCAGCCUAAGUUGGAUAGAUAUAGA